UGAUAAUAUUAUAUUAUGUAAAUGUUGUAAGAAAAUUGUUAUUGAAGAAAAUGAUGGCUAUAAGUGAUGAUAAUGAAGAAGAUUUAAAUGGAAAAACUAUUGUCAUAACAGGUUCGAAUGAAGGUAUCGGUGCAAUAGUAACAAAAAUAUUGGCCAAUAUGGGUGCCAGAAUCAUUUUACUUUGUCGUGAUAUGGAUAAAGCUCGACGAAUUGUUGGUGAUAUUUUAGCUGAAAAUCCAAUUGCCGAAUUAUCUAUACAUCAUAUUGAUCUAUCAUCGCAAUCAUCGAUACGGAUUUGUGUAAAUGAAAUAUUACAACUAGAAAAAAGAAUAGAUUGUUUAAUUAAUUGUGCAAGUGUUGCAUUCAUACCUGGUAUUGAACCAACCAAAUCGAUUGAUGGUUUUGAACUUCAUAUGGCUAUUAAUUAUUAUGGACCAUUUUUACUUAUUCAAUUGCUCAAUGAACGUAUGAAACAAACAGCUAAACAAUAUGAAACGAUUGGUAAAGUUAUUAAUGUAACUUCAAUUUUACAUCGAUAUGGUAAAAUUCAUCUAGCUGAUUUGAAUCUGGAUAAAUCCAAUAAUUAUACACCAUUUCGUGCUUAUUGUCAAAGUAGAUUAGCAUUAAUGUUGGUUGGUCGUGAAAUGGCUCGACAAUGGAAACAAUCACAAAUUCAUAUUUAUAAUGUUGAUCCUGGAUUUUCAAUGACAAGAUCACAUUAUCAAAAUUUAUAUCCAAUUUGUAGAAAAAUUUUAUCCAUAUUUGGUUGGUUAAUUGGAUUUCGUUCGAAUUUAAAAGCUGCUCAACGAAUUGUUCAAUGUGUUAUUGAUAAAAAAAUUGCUCGUCACAGUGGUUAUUAUUAUCGAAAUGGUCGUCAUACGAUACCAAGUGAACGUGUUAUGGAUGAUCGUUUAGCAAAGAAUCUUUGGACACAUACAAUUACUGUUUGUAAUUUAUCAUAAAAAAUUUUUUUUUUCACAAAUUGUUAUCCCAAAAAUAAAAAACCAAAACAAAAUUGUUUAAAAAAA